GCAGCAGAAGAGGCAGCAACAGAUCUGCCCAUCAGCUGCGCAUGCGUAUUGAGACGCCGUUCGUUGUGAGUAGAAAUCAUGGACGUCGAGAUGCAGUCGGAGGAUUUUCCUUACUUACCUUCCGGGCCGGAGGAGGUAAAUAAGAUGAUAAAGGAGCAUGGCGACCUGUUUUCCGACUCCCAGUGUAAAGUCUGCAGUGCUGUCCUGAUUUCUGAGUCUCAGAAGUUGACUCAUUAUCAGAGCAAGAAACAUGCCAACAAAGUGCGGCGUUAUCUUUCCAACCAAAAUGAGGAGCCAGCACUCAAAAAGUUAAAAUCAUCAUCAUCUGACAGUCAGGACUGUAACAACGGAGAUACUGACCGGUCAAAGGCGUGUCAUGUAUGUAACAUGAACUUCUCCUCUCCUGUGGUGGCCGAGUCUCACUACCAGGGCAAAGUUCAUGCCAAGAACCUGAGGCUGAAGGCGGCCGGUCCCCAGACCCCAGCAGUAGCUUCCCAAACAGCACCAACAGCUCAGCCGAAGAAGAAACCUGCAGAUGAUUCGAGUGGUGUGUCGGCAACGGGCAACGACAACAACGACCCGGAUCGUUUCUGCUCCAUCUGCCAGGCCUCCUUCAACAACCCGCUCAUGGCUCAGCAGCACUAUGUGGGCAAGAAGCAUAGAAAACAGACGACCAAGCUCAAACUGAUGGAGACAUAUGGCCCCUCCACAGCACCCGCUUCUACACUAAAGGGUUACCCAUGUACCCUCUGCAACAUUGAACUAAACUCAGUGGAGCAGUACCAGUCUCAUAUCAGUGGUGCCAAACAUAAGAACCAAAUGAAGAAAUCAGGCCUGAGCACCACAGAGAACCAACAACCUGCAGAGCAAUCGUACGGGAGCGACAGCCAGGACACCAGCGGAGACAACCAGUACACUGCCGCAGAUGACCAGUAUGCCCCCGCGGACGAACAGUACACAGCUGGAGAUGACCAAUGCACAGCUGGAGAUGACCAAUGCACAGCUGGAGAUGACCAGUACACAGUCGGAGAUGACCAGUACACAGUCGGGGAUGACCAGUGCACAGUCGGAGAUGACCAGUGCACAGCCGGAGAAGACCAGUGCACAGCCGGAGAUGACCAGUAUACUCCUGAGGACAGGGAGUACUCGGAGGAGUACCAGUAUACUUGAGGCUUGACUGGGAGGGACUGCAGAGGUUUCAGUCAAGACUUGGAAUGACAAACAACAACCAGCCCCUUUAACACAUUAACAAACCAUCAACCUUGGACCUUCAGCUCCUGUUAGUCUCUUGUCAGUAGGUUUUCCCCUGGAGCAGAGUCAUCUAAACCACAGGUUUGAAUCCUCGAACACUCCACAUUAUUUUUAUUAUUUUAACAUUUUGGGUUCCAGUGAGUGAAAGUUUUGUUUUUUGUUCUUUUUUUUUAUUUUUAUUUUGUUUUCUCCUCUAAUGGAAAAAAAAAAAAUAUGUGUGGUGAAAUGAUAGUAAGCAGUUAUACCUGUCUUUGAGGAUUCUACUUCUUACAUAUUUGUGUACUGACUGAAAACCAUUCUUCAUACUGAUGUACAUUAGGGCUGGGUAUCAUCUGAAAUCCUUACUUUGUGAAAUAUAUAAAUAUAUAUAUUUUUUCAUUUAACAAAGAAACCAAAGUCCUCAAAUGCUACAAGUUGUCUGUACACAAGCAGCUGUACAACAGUCAGGCCUCAACAAAAUGCUGUUUACAAUAGGCAAAAAUUCUGAUUUUCAAUUAAUAAAUAUCUGAUCAGAGAACAAGUUAAUUAGACGACAAAUCGGACCAGACAUUUAAUGCCAACUUUCAGUACCUCAGUGCUACUGUCGGGCACAUUUCAGCUGGUUCCAAAAAAGCACUGAGGUUUGAAACCCAGCCUUAGUGUACGUACAUCAGAAUAACAAGAUAAAGUCUAAAUCCUGUCAUUAAACUUUAUUUAAAGUUUGGUUUAAUGCAUCAGUCAGAUACUGUAAGGUAAUUUAAUUGUUAAGCCUCUACUAACAUCUCAUCAGUACUAACAUCUAGUAGCAGAGCCAUAUGUAACCAAUGACGAUUCAAACCUGCUUUCCAGUUCGAAUCUCUUGUUCCUCAGUUCAUCUGAAUAUAGUUGGUCUGUAUCUCCAGUGAAUGUAUUUGAAACAUGUCCUCACCCGUAUUUCUCUGCUGUCUCCAUGUUUUGAUUAUUUCUAAAUCUAGUGUUGAGGAUGCAGACAUUGAGAAGAAAAAAAGAAGUGAAGGCAAACUUUGGCAGAGCCAGAUCAGUCACUGUAGCCAGUUUUAAUAUUAUCAUUACUGUCAAUACAGAUGGGAAAAAAAACAGUCUACGGCUUUUUGUCUAGAUAAAUCUGUUAUUAGUUGAAUUUUAUGAGACGUUGCUUUUCCUUCUUUUUAUUUUUAUUUAAAGCUGAAAUAUCUCGGAAUAAGCUGUUUGUUGUUGUUUUUCCUUGAAAUGAUUGCUUGUUCUGUCUAAGUCACUUAGUCCCAGAUGGUGAAUUUAUUAGAUUUUCUUUAAAUGUGGUAAUCUGGACGAAGCUGAUACUUCUGUUCAGGUGGCCCAGAAUUCCUCUCAGUUUAACACUUUUUUUAUUUGCUUAUUCUUAAGUACAGCAAUUUUUCACUGUAAAAAGACGAACUAAAGUGUGGUAAAACUCAAAGGAUUUACUAAAUACCUUUUCUAAUUGGUUAAGUGUUUUGUUUUCCUGCUCACUGUAAGACAUUAUUUGAUUUCCAUAUUGAGCGUGCUUAACAAAGGAGUAAAAAUAUUUUAAUAAAGGACACUAAAAAUAACAUUGUGACAAUGGAAAUCUUAAUCAGACACUCAUCAUUAAUUGACGAAAGAUACAGAUGUUGAAAACAGUUACAGGCUACAGCUCGCAAAACCUGUGAGAGCCAAAUUACAUCUUCCACUUCAAAAUGUACCAGAAUAUUCCAAACCCCAAACCUUCAGUCAUUGUCAACAAUAAGUGUUUUGUAGAGGUUGAUGUCAUUUUUAUAAAAAAUAUUUCUUUUAAUUUUUCAAGAGUGUGGACAGUUUUAAUUACAAAAUGGAGAUGAAGGAUUGUGAUGAAAAAUAUUAAUACUAUCCUUACAUUUCAAACGCAGUGGAUCUAUAACGUCUGUGGGUUCAUGAUGCUAUUAAGCUUUUUUGUACUAUUGAGUUAUAUUCUUGGUUUACGGAAAGGUGAAAGAUUUUUAAAUACUUUCUCUUUGAGCUGUCCGAAAUGGGACUUUAUAAACUCUAGAGGAGACUGAUAGAUGCUUUCUGAGCUCUGUAAUUACUCUCAGUAGCAGACAUUACAAUAUUUACCGCAGAGAUUAUCAGUGAUGUCAAAUUAGAAAGUGAUGUCAGUAUUAGAAUAAGCAAAGCAUUUUUGUCCCCAUAAAAGAUGAUUGGUUGUAUAUUUUAGUAUUGAAUGUCUUCAAUUUUGUGGUUAACGAUAAAAAUAAUUUUUUUGGAUGUGAUUUAUAAAAAAGAGGGCUCAUACAUACAUUGUGUAUAAAAGACAAAACGGCCUUUUUGUUUUCAUCCUCGUUCUUUGUGUGGUAGGUGUUUUGUGAUCAAGAUUUACUUUCGACAUAAGUUGAAAUACAUAAGUUAUGUAUACUUGAGGGAAAAAUGCCGUGAAGAUGUGCAUCAAGUAAAGCAAUGUUUUA